AUGGAACCUAGGAUAUUCGCAAGUGGUGAUACAAGUGAGACAACAACAGACAUAACAAUGACAUCCAUGGAAAUAACAAUUAUUAUGACAAGCGAAGUAGCAACGGUGUCAUCAACGAUGGAAUAUUCGUUAUCAACUUUUACAACAAGUAAUGACAUAUCGACAAUCAGUGGCACCUCUGCUAGCGCUGAUUAUGUUACUAGUACCAUUCAAUCAACAACAAUUGACGGCACGCCUACCACUUUUAAUCCUGACAAUAGCACCUAUUCAACAAGCACUCAAACUGUAACUACGACUACGACUACGACUGCUGACUUUAAUCAUUUGUUUCCCGAAACUUGUCUCAACAUCACUUUAGUACCCUGGAUUAAUGGUACAUGUAUUGAAAAAUCACAAGCACGAGAGGGUGCAGUCAACAUAUUGCGCGAUAAUAACGCUACUUCAUCGGGAAAAGCUGAAGCUCUGCUUGUAUAUUUUGGUGCAGCUGCUAAUUUGACUUUGAAUACCAAUGAAACUAAAGAUUUAACGCCUACUGAAGUUGAUAGGAUUGUUAAUGCAUCGAAUAAUGUACCACUAUUAAAUUCAAGCAUAGGAUUGUUUUUUGCACUAUCAAGAAAACUCGAAAAUGAUACGAUUUUAGGAGGUUCAAUCACUGUGGAAAGAAAUAAUGCAGUUAUUAUGGGAAUAAAUAAUACAGUUAUUAAGGAAAGUACUAAAUCACUCAUAAUCGAAUCGAAUAUAACAACUGGAGUUAUUCUUGAUGACGAAUCUCUCGAUGAUAAUAUAUCUAUUAAAGUAUUUAUACCUGGUGAGAAUGUACAUUAUCAAAAUUUGGAUACUUCAAAUAAUAAAUCUGUCAUUUCACAAGUGAUCGUAUUUAAUGUAGAACGCCAAACUAUCAAUUAUUCUAUCAAGGUUUCUUUAUAUUUGCAAGAUUUACAAACUCAAGAAUUACGUGAAAAUGGAAAGUAUCUUUGUUCAUUUUUUAAUACAACUACGUCUAAAUGGGAAAACACUGGUUGCAGUAAACCUAUAUACAACACAACUCUUUCUCGACACGAAUGUACGUGUGAUCAUCUGACAACAUUUGCACUUAUUUGGCUACCAAACGGACCCCUAUCAAAGGAUCUCAGCUCUCAAGAUAUUGCAUCACUCAUAUUUCAAUCGAUUUCCAUUAUCUGCUUUAUUAUAGUUAUUACUCAUAGUACUAUUGUUCGUCUUCAUAAUCCUCUUUUAACAAUGAAAGCUCAUGAUUUACUUCCAUUGAUUUCAUCUGCAAGUACAACUAUUCUCUUUAUAUUUUUCAUUGCACUUGGUAUGACAGUUUAUACUCAAACACCAUCUGAAAACGAAACAAAAUGUUUCCUAAAUUCGAGUAUUUUGAUGUUUUUCGUUUAUUUCUUUUUAAUAUUCAUGUUUUGCACUAAAACAAGCAUUGGUUACUUCAAUUAUCUUCGUUUUGUUCGACUUUUUCCUGAGCCACCGCGUCGACAACUAUUCGUAUUCAUUAUUGUCUCAUUUUUCAUUUCAAUAAUCUGUACUUCGUUUGCAAUAGGAUUCAAUUCGAAUCCAUCUUAUAAUAUUACACAAUUAUAUCCCUAUAAACUUUGUUGGUUUACUCGAGAUGUCUUUUAUUAUUUUGUGAUAAUACCUAUUGGCAUAUUUCUUUUAUUGAAUUUUAUUACAAUUAUUCUUGUCAUUCGACGUAUUGUUCAUCAUGUCCGAUAUGCUACAACACGACAUCAAUCAUAUGAACGAAUGAAACAAUUCAUUCUUGUGUUAUUAUCAUCCUGUAUUACUCAAGGUGUAGGAUGGUUGAUUGGUCCAAUUAUAACAUUUGUUCAAUCCGAAGUUGGAAAUGUUUUAUCGUGGGUAUUCAUUAUCUGUAAUGGACUUGAAGGAUUAUGGACAAUACUAUUGUAUAUCAUUAUUUGGUUACGUCAUUUGGACCAACCCAAACGAGUUACUGAUAGUAAAGAAUUUAUAAAACAAUCAUCAUCACGAAAGAAGGAAAGCAAAGGAAAGUUUAAAAUAAGUCGUAUCUCACGAAGAAAAUCAAAAGAUAAUCGUCGGAAUGAUAGUGAUCGCGAAAUAGAUUCUAUUGAUUUAGAAGAUAUUAAUAGGUUCAGCAAUGCUACCGAAGUAUAA